GAACCAGCAAGCUCACUACCCCACCACUCAUUCCUCGCCGGGAAAACAAACCUCUUCCGGCGUAAAAAAAACCCCUUCUCCCCCAGCUCCGGCGAGAUGGCUCCCCUGCCCUCUCACCCAAUCACCACCCGCCACGUCCUUUCCCAGCUACUCACCCUCCUCCUCAUCCACUCUUCCGCCACAGCCGCCUUGCCGGUCAACGUCUGGCCCAAACCCACCUCCAUAUCCUGGUCCUCCCCGCACACGAUCGCCUCCCUCUCCCCAACCUUCCAACUCGAUUACCCCUCAUCCAACCGCUACCUCUCCGCCGCCGUCUCCCGCUACCACCGCCUCAUCUCCUCCGAGCGCCACCGCCCCAUAUCCGACCCCACCGCCAAAUUCUCCACAUCCCCCACUCCCCUCCAAUCCCUCUCCAUCUCCGUCGCCGACCUCGCCGCCCCGCUCGUCCACGGCGCCGACGAAUCCUACACCCUCACCAUCCCCAAUUACGCCGCCGCGGACGCAACCGCCAAUCUCACCGCCGCCACCGUGUGGGGCGCCAUGCGGGGGCUGGAGACCUUCUCCCAGCUGGUCUGGGGCCGGCUGCACGGGCGGCGCGUGCCGAUCGGGAUCGAGAUCCGCGACGCGCCCCUGUUCGGGCACAGGGGGUUUCUGCUGGAUACUUCGAGGAAUUUUUAUCCCGUGGAGGAUAUUCUGCGGACGAUUCGGGCGAUGAGCUACAACAAGAUGAAUGUUUUCCAUUGGCAUAUUACGGAUUCGCAUUCUUUCCCGUUGGAGCUGCCGUCGGAGCCCGGGCUCACGGCGAAAGGGGCGUACGGAAGGGGGAUGAGGUAUUCGGUUGCGGAUGUGGGUCGGGUCGUGCAGUACGGGUACGAGCAUGGGGUCCGGGUUGUGCCCGAGGUCGAUACUCCCGCACACACGGGUUCCUGGGCCGGAGCCUACCCGGAAAUAAUAACCUGCGCGGACAAGUUCUGGUGGCCGGCCGGCAGCUCAUGGGCCGACCGGUUAGCCUCCGAGCCAGGAACCGGUCAGCUCAACCCACUCCACCCCAAAACCUACACCGUCGUCGGAAACGUCAUCAACGACAUCGCAUCAUUGUUCCCUGACCCAUUCUUCCACGCCGGCGCCGACGAGGUCGUCCCGGGUUGCUGGAAAACCGACCCGUCCAUCCAAUCCUUCCUCUCCCAAAACGGCACCCUCAGCCAGAUCCUCGAAACCUUCAUCAACAAGACUUUCCCCCAAAUCAUUUCCCACAACAAGACCGCCGUGUACUGGGAAGACGUCAUCCUCGACGCCGGCAUCAAAGUCAACCCGGCCGUUUUUCCACCGGAGCACACCGUGUUCCAGACGUGGAACAACGGGCCCAACAACACCAAGCUGCUCGCCGCGGCCGGGUACCGUGUCAUCGUCUCCUCGUGGGAGUACUACUACCUGGACUGCGGCCACGGCGACUUCCUGGGGAACGACAGCCAGUACGACCCGCCGCCGACGAGCAGCGACGUGGACAGCAACGGCGGGUCGUGGUGCGGGCCGUACAAGACGUGGCAGAAGGUGUACAACUAUGACAUCACGUAUGGGUUGAGUGAGGUGGAAAAGGGGAAGGUGUUGGGUGCUGAGGUGGCGUUGUGGUCGGAGCAGGCGGACGGGACGGUGCUCGACGGGAAGGUUUGGCCGCGAGCGGCGGCGAUGGCGGAGGCGAUGUGGUCGGGGAAUCGGGACGAGAAGGGGAGGAAGAGGUUUGCGGAGGCGACGGAUCGGUUGAAUGAGUGGAGGUAUAGGAUGGUUGGGAGAGGGAUUAAGGCCGAACCGAUUCAACCGUUGUGGUGCCUCAGGAACCCCGGAAUGUGCAACACGGUUCAACCGUUCGUGCCCCAAUGAGACAUCAUUAAAGAUCAUGUACAAGAGAGUCGACGAUAAAAUUGUGUUACAAUCGUACUAGUUUGAUCUCUAAUACGCAGUUGAAACAGAGUGAUCGAGAUGUUACCGCUUACAAAACAGAGGAAUGAUUUGUGUCCCAGGAGUUUUGGUUUCUUUUUCUAUCUGCGGUAGAGAUAGACACCAAGAGAAGCACGAUCAGUAGUCUGGCUACUUGAUGAUGAGGCGGCAUUCGGGUUUCCACCAUAGAAGAAGUACAUGCCUAUCAUCAUCAUUUUGUCCUCGUGGUAGCAGAUGUUGUAAGUAGCUUGGCUCUUGUAAUUGCUCUUCUUCUCAUCUCCAUUAAUGCCAUCCUCUGCUUCUUGAUCAUGUUCUUCGCAGCCUUCGAGCUCGACACAAACAUGGCGCUGCCCUUUCAGCUGCUGACGAGCCCUUAUGAUGUACGGAUGCAUCAGCACCGCCAUCACCACGGUCGUUAGGAUCCGCCACUUUGAGAGCUACACAAAUCGCGAGCCCCAUUAUGUCGUGAUCAUCAUCAUCGCCGAGAUCCCUCUUACGAUAAAUCGAUGGAAUCGGUAUCUUCACUGAGAUUCCUUCAUCCUGAUGAGUGAACCAUGUCGGAAUCCUGCUUCCAGGAACCACAAUGCCUGAUCUUUCCCUGGGAAGCAGGGUAUUCCAGCAGCCCUGAUCAAUCCAAAAGGAACAUUUUAAACCCAUCAUUCUGGCGAUUCUGCAACUUCGGGCAGCCAAAGCCUUCCAGGAAAAACAAGUUGCUGCGAACCUUAAUCGGGUUUGGCAACUUCUCCAGCGAUUCGCAACGAUUCACCACCACGUACUUGAUCCUCGGUGGAAGCUCCGGCAAGGACUUGAGCAUCUUGCAACUCUCCAGGUGAAGCUCAUAGAGCUUCAGCAUUUGUGCAAUUUCAGGCAGGAUGACAAAGUUGUUAUGGCUUAGAUCCAGAGAAUGUAAAGACGGCAAAUUACUACCCAAGUCCUUGGGGAAAUCCCCUGCCAUCAGACCACAAUUUGCCAAGUUCAAGAUCCUCAAGAAAGGGAACCCAAUUCCAUAAAGCUGAGGCAACCCUUUUUGAUUGUUGAGGUAGAAAUUGGAGAGCAGUGGACUUCUGAUGGCGGUACCACUCACAUCAAGCUCUUCCAAGCUCUCAACUUUUUCCAACUUGUCAAGUUGAGAGGAUCCAGAGAGGUUAAGAACCUUCAAGUGCUUUAACCUGCUGAUGCUAUUUGGGACAGCCUUGAGGCUCUUGCAGUCUUUGAGGCUCAGUUUUGAUAGAGAGGUGAAGAAGCGGAUCGAUUCGGGGAGUUGUUCAAUGUUGGUGCCAUCAAGUAGAAGUUCUUGUAGAGAUUUCAUUUUCCUAACAUUGUUUGGGAAGUUGGUGAUCAUGUUGCAGCCAUUAAGAUUCAGGUGGAUGAGGUAUUGGAGAUGCGUUCCUAUAGUUGGAUUAAUCUCAUUCAGACUGGUGCAGUCCUCCAAGACCAGCCUCUCUAGCUUUUGCAUUGCACUGAAAUCUGGAGUGUUGAUUAGGUUGUGGGAGUGGCUCAGGUUUAGGGACUUCAAGUUGCUGAAAUCCUGUUGAGUGCAGAGUUGCACAUACAUCAGUAAGUUAAUCAUAACAUAUAGGGUAAUUCAACUUUGCAGUCCCUAUACAUGUUUUUAUAAUAAAUUUAACAUGUAUAAUAAAAUUUUCAAUGUACUAUGAUUACUCGUCCAUUUUGAGAACAUUUCCUAGAAUUUAGUCAAAAUAUGUUGUCAGUCAAAUCGUUCAAUGCUUAAUAACAAC